AGCCCUUUCACUGCCCCCGGACUGCGUCGUGGACGCUGUGGACACGUUUCGUUUUUUGGGGCGAGAAAGAAGCAUGGCUGCCUUUGCACGCCGCUUCGGACCACGCGGUCACCUCGUACGCUUCUUUUCCUCUUCCGAGUAUGACCUUUGUGUUGUUGGCGCUGGUCCAGGAGGCUACACAGGUGCCAUCAAAGCUGCACAGUUGGGCUUGAAGACAGUCUGCAUCGACAAGCGUGGACCUCCUGGGGGCACUUGUUUAAACGUGGGGUGCAUCCCAUCCAAGGCCAUGCUGCAAUCCUCAGCUUUGUUCCACGAGGCCAAGCAGACCUUCGAGUCGCGUGGCAUUAUGGGGGCCGAUAACCUUUCUUGCGACUUCACAAAGAUGAUGGAAAACAAGAAUGCAGCAGUCAAGAAGCUCACCCAAGGCAUUGAAGGCCUCUUCAAGAGAGACAAGGUGACCUACUUGAAGGGCUACGGCAAGCUCACUGGGCCGAACUCCGUGAGUGUGGCCAUGAAUGAUGGCAGUGAGCAGACCAUCACGGCCAAAAAUAUCAUGCUGGCUACAGGCUCUGAGAUUAUUGAGAAGCUGCCUUUUGUGGAAGUGGACGAGGAACAGAUUGUGUCCUCCACAGGGGCAUUGGACCUGAAGCAAGUGCCAGAGAAAUUGGUGGUCAUUGGCGGUGGCGUGAUUGGAUUGGAACUUGGCUCUGUUUACGAGCGGUUGGGAUCGAAAGUCACAGUGGUUGAAUUCUUGCCCACGAUUGGCGGAAUUGGGAUUGAUGGCGAGGUCUCAAAAGAAAUGCAGAAGAUCUUGAAAAAGCAAGGCAUCAACUUUAUGAUGUCGACAAAAGUAACAGCCGUGGAGAAAACUGGUGGUCUGGUGAAGGUCACCACAGAGGCCGCAGCUGGCGGUAAUGCUGAGACCAUGGAUGCCAAUGUGGUCCUCGUUUGCGUUGGUCGCCGGGAAUUCCGUGAUGGCCUAGGUGCUGAGGAGGUGGGUGUUGAACUUGAUGGCAGAAAGAUCAAGGUCGAUGACACCUUCAAGACAUCCGUGCCAAGCAUUUAUGCCAUUGGCGACAUCAUCCACGGGCCAAUGUUGGCCCACAAAGCAGAGGAUGAAGGCGCCAUGGUCGCUGAGUAUUUGGCCACUGGAAAGCAUCCGCACUUGGACUACAACAAUGUGCCCUCCGUUUUGUACACGCAUCCAGAAGUUGCCUGGGUGGGCAAAAGUGAGGAAAUGUUGAAGCAGGAAGGUGUUGAGUACAGAAAAGGAAAGUUUGCUUUUGCUGCCAACGGGCGAUCCAUCGCAAACAUGGACACUGAUGGCUUUGUGAAGGUCCUGUCCUGCAAGAAGACUGACAAGCUUCUGGGUGUACACAUCAUCAAUGCCAUUGCGGGGGACAUCAUCAGUGGUGCAUGUAUCGGCAUCGAGUAUGGUGCUGCCUCUGAGGACCUCGCGAGGGUUUGCAUGGCGCAUCCUACUGUCUCAGAGGUUCUCAAGGGAGCUGCCCAGAAGACUGCCUUCGGUAAAGCCGUUAGCGGAUGAGAAGUUGCAUUGCAAGUUGAACAAGAAUAGCAGUGGCAACACCAUCACUGACCAUGAACUUUUUUGUUGACCCAAUGCGUUUGUACCUGAGGGGCUUGGACCGUUUGUGGCAGUGGCAAAAUGCAUGUCCACAUUCCGCUGUGUUACUGUAAAGUCCAACAGUAACUGCACCAAUGGUGCAUAUCGGCAACAAGAUUGGUGGUCUUGUGCCUGUAUUGCUUUGUGAC